AUGCGAGGUUGCCUCAUCGGACGCAUGACGAUCGUCCUCGGGGCGGUGAUCUUAACAGUCAUCCUCCAUUUGCUGCCCCGCUAUGUCGUCGCGAUUGUGGCCUUCGUGCUCUUGGUGAUCAUGCUAAUCGCGAACGAUGGCAACGGGCCCAAUCUCUCCACCGCGACGAGCGAAGACGAUCCCAAUGCCCUCACCAGCUACGCGACCAUGCUCAUCUUCUUGUCGGUCACAGCAUUGCUCAUCUGCAACUUUGUGGUGGAGGACGUCAUCCCCGCGUACGUGAACCAUCUCAACGCCACUGCGUAA